ACUGUAAUACUUAACGGUUUUCUUGGUCGUGUGUGGAUUGGGAAUAGUGAAUCACGAGCGCAGCUGGAUGACCUCACAAACCGUGUCGAUCUAUAAGCUAUAUAGCUGAUAUCGAGUGCAGCUGUGAAAUAACUGAGCUUUUUACAAACGACUUUGCGUAGGAACUUCAUCUGUUUGGAAAGGCAGCGUUAUCUGUGCGGGAGUAGACCAGAAGUUUUUGCCAUAUUAAGCUGGUUGUUCUUUCCAUCGCCAUGUCCUCCGGUGAUGUGUCAGAGCAGUGUCGGCGGUUUUGCGUGUUAUCUUGGGAGCAGGUGCAACGUUUGGACUCUAUUCUUGGCGAGACGGUCCCAGUUCACGGACGUGGAAACUUCCCGACGCUUUCGGUUCAGCCGCGACAAAUUGUUCAGGUGGUUCGAGCGCGUUUGGAGGAGCGAGGCAUCACUGUUCGAGAUGUGAGGCUGAACGGCUCGGCUGCCAGUCACGUUCUGCACCAGGACACGGGGCUCGGAUACAAGGACUUGGACCUGAUUUUUGGCGUUUCUCUGUCAGAUGACCAGGCCUUCCGCGUGGUUAAGGAUGUGGUUCUCGACAGCCUGCUGGACUUCCUACCCGAGGGUGUCAGCAAGGAGAGAAUCUCAGCACUUACUCUGAAGGAGGCUUACGUACAGAAGUUGGUGAAGGUUUGCAACGACAACGACCGCUGGAGCCUCAUCUCGCUCUCCAACAACACCGGCAAGAAUGUUGAGCUUAAGUUUGUGGACUCUCUCAGGCGCCAGUUUGAGUUCAGCGUGGACUCCUUCCAGAUAGCCUUGGACUCCCUUCUUCUGUUUGACCGCUGUUCAGAGACUCCCAUGUCGGAGUGCUUUCACCCGACGGUGUUGGGCGAGAGCAUGUACGGGAACUUCGAGGAAGCGCUCGGCCAUCUUUGCAACAAGGUCAUUGCAACGAGAAACCCAGAGGAGAUCCGAGGAGGCGGGCUUUUAAAAUACUGCCACCUUUUGGUUCGAGGGUUUCGGCCAACCUCAGAAACAGAGAUGAAAUCGCUCCAGCGAUACAUGUGCUCUCGGUUCUUCAUUGACUUUCCGGACAUAGGGGAACAGCAGCGAAAGCUGGAGGCGUACCUGCAGAAUCACUUUGCCGGAAUGGAGCACAAACGGUACGACUGUCUGGUCACGUUAUACCACGUGGUCAAUGAGAGUACAGUGUGCUUGAUGCGACACGAACGACGGCAGACAUUAAAUCUUAUCUCUAUGCUCGCACUGAGGGUGCUGGCUGAACAGAACGCCAUCCCCAUGGUUCCCAACGUCACAUGCUAUUACCAGCCGGCACCCUAUGUGCGAGACAUCAACUUCAAUAACUACUACAUCGCUCACGUGCAGCCGCUGGUGCACACCUGCAGUCGUUCCUACCCAACGUGGCUGCCCUGCAACUGACCUUGAGGACCUUUGAUAAAAAUCAGCCUUCGUACCUUCCCAUGUGGCGAAGACGAUAUGCAAGCAAGUGAAUAUAUAAACAGAUUUUUCCCCAAACACAAAAAUGGACGUUUAGGAGGAAAUUUUCCAAACAAUGGCAAUUGUUUUUAUGCUAAAUGUGACAUAUAUAGAAUGACUGUUCACUGCUGUAUGUCUGAUUUGAGCCGAUCCUUACGUAUUCUGUUCUGCAGAGUGGAUGAAGAUCUUUUUCACAUGUAGCAGGAAAAAAUUAUUAUUUUUUUUUCUAAACUCAUUAUAGGUUCAGUUAAACUCUCGCAGGUUAUGUAAGUGGGGAAAGAAGGCUGCAUUCUGCGUUGUGAAGCUAUAUGUUUUUUUUUUUUUUUUACCAGACUGUGGUUUCAAUCAAACUCUGUUUUGCGUCUUGUUUUUUUUUAAGGGCCAAAGAUAUUUUAUUUUCGUUGUUAAAAAAGAAAGGAAUGUUUGCUGUUGUAAUUCCAAGUGCCUAAAAACAUUGUACAAAAAAAGUGAGACCUGUGCUUUCUAAAACCAUUUUUCUGUCUCCAUGUUAAUUGUAAAACUCUAUUUCAGGGAUGGAGGCAUGUAUUUCCAUGUGAUUAAAAAAAGCACAAAACCUAUCUUCUUGUGUUCUAGACCUCUUUUACAUUUUGAAGCUGAUGUGGUCAUAUUCUGACAACUUAAUUUGUUAAUAUUCAAGCAUAUAUAUUUAUUUUCCCUCCGAGUUGGUAUUUUGGCAAAUAAUUUCAAAUGGUAAGGGUUUUUUAUAUCAAUGGAGCAUUUAUCGUGAGACAGAAGAGGUGAAAGCGGUCAAUGGUGAAACUGCAAGUGUAGCAGUGUUGUGGUCUGAAUGUGUGCUGCUGACUCUUAAUCUGAGGAAACGGAUCCAUUGCAGUUCCAGGACAUGAACCAUAAGGAUCCUUUCUAAAGCACAAUGGCCCCUCUUUUAGUGUGACACUAAAGGUAACAGAUAAAGGCUGUUUUGUUAACCCACCCAUGCUUCCCCUGGAGAUAGAAUCCUAUUUCCUUUCAUAAUGCCAUAUCCAUGUCAUUGUUUUUGUAAACUUCAAGGAGCUGGUAUUGUGAUGUAAGCUAACAGAUCUAGUGAUGUGAUGUUAAAAAUGAUUACUACUGAUUAGUAGACUAAUAUAGGCUGUAAUUUACAAUUUUGUUAAUUGCUUUCUGCAUAUAAGUUCAAAUAGUUUAAAUAGACAUAAAUAUUUCAUUUUAAUGUUGUCACUGCAACUGGUUCGUUCUUUCGGUUCAGGUUUAUUCAAUUUAAAGAGCACAACAUCACUUUUUUUACGAUGGUAGCAUAGUUAUUGGACUGGUUUCUGUGCUCUUGAGCCUUUUUUGUGCCAUUGUGCUAUUU